AUGACUGGUCCAAACACCUUCUCGGAUACUCCUUCCUCACAUCUCUCAAAUAUUUUUGCAAAACUGGAUAAGGUCGCUCUCCAUGACCAGCAUUUCUCGAAGGUGAACCUACAAGUACCAUCGAAGUUCACCGAUAACUCGGAAUUUGUUAAUCACGAUAACCCUGUUUGUUCAUUAGAGUUUCAUCCAACAGGUGCUUAUGUGGUUUACACUAGGGCUGACGGCUCGCUAAAUCUGUGGAAGCUUAAAUCCGAUCGAACUGAGAGUUACAAACCAUUGACUCAGGACUCGACCAAAGAAUCUAUCAACUCAACACAAUCCUGCAUCUCCUGGAGUCCAUUUACUGGCUUUUUGUUUGCUACAGUUAACGGUUCGAACGUUAUACGCGUCUAUGAUGCCUCAACAGGCGCCAACAUCAAAUCUUUGAACAGUGAUGACGAAUGCGAGUAUAAUUUAUGCCUUUACGAUCCUAGCGGUAAAUGGCUUGCUGCUGUAACACAGGACAAUCAGAUAUCACUUUUUGAUGUGGAUGCUGAGUAUCAAUUAGCAUGGAAAUCGUCUCUUAAUAAAACGGCCCACACUUCUCAAUUCGUACCCAAACCUGCUAAUGACUCUCCCUCUUCUCACGUCACUUCCUUCAUUUGGUCCCAUGACAGUACCAAAAUUUACGCAGCUUUUGAUUCUGGGAAAAUCGAGAUCUACGACGUCCUUGCAACUGGAAUACAAGGACUGAUAGGCGUGUCGGGCCAUACGGGUCCUGUGAACUGUAUGAGACUGGACCAGACGGGGUCUUAUUUGAUCGCUGGUGGAGAAGACACUAUAUGUUCUAUUUGGGAUCUUGCUUCCAUGUGUUGUACUUUAACCAUCAAUGACUUUCCCGAUUCCAUUAGAGACAUGGAUCUGUCUCAUGAUGGGUCUUUACUGGCUUUGAGCUCACCGAGCUGUACCCACAUCUACACGUUGGAAGAGCGAGCGUCUAUUCACAAAAUUGAAUUUGACAGUAAAGUCAGUCGGCCCAAAUUUCGGUUUUAUCCUGGGCACUCGACCUUCAUUUUGACGACUGAGAAGGAUCUCGUAUCAAAAUAUCAUAGGCCGGACCCCGCGGACGAAGCAAAUAGGAAUGGUAUCCAUAAUACAACUGCUGCAGACAAGAAGCCUCGACCUGAUCGCCGAUCUGGGAAUGGUGGUCGGAGACGGGACGCGGACGCCCCGCUUAAAAGCAGGUUUGUGAGAAGAUCGGCCAGGCGUUAA